GAGCCAGAGGAAGGCAGAGGGAACGCGAGCGAGCAGACUGCAAGCCCUGCCCAGCGAGCGAGUCACUGUGAGCGAGCCAAGCGAGCGAGAGAGCGAGCGAGCGCCUGUGGAGCCCGCGUGGAGGGAGCCGCCGAUCCAUCCCGCAACAUGAACACCCUGCUGGCGCGGGCGAACUCGCUGUUCGCCUUCACGCUGAGCGUCAUGGCGGCGCUCACCUUGGGCUGCAUCCUCACCACCGCCUUCAAAGACAGAAGCGCGCCAGUGCGCCUGCAAGUCUCCAGGAUCCUGCUCAAAAAAGUGGAGGACUUCACCGGACCCAGAAAAAGAAGCGACCUGGGCUUCAUCACGUUCCACAUCUCUGCGGAUUUGGAGAAGACUUUCGACUGGAACGUCAAGCAGCUCUUCCUUUACCUCUCGGCCGAAUAUUCCACGAAAAGCAACGCUGUGAACCAGGUGGUCCUGUGGGACAAGAUCCUUCUGCGAGGAGAGAACCCCAAACUGGAUCUGAAAGAUGUCAAAAGCAAGUAUUUUUUCUUUGACGACGGGCACGGUCUUAAGGGAAACAGGAAUGUCACUUUGACUCUGUCCUGGCAAGUUAUACCGAUUGCUGGCAUUCUGCCUCUUAUGACUGGAUCUGGACGCGUGUCUGUCCCGUUUCCAGAUUCGUAUGAAAUAGCCACGACUUUUUGAAGAACUCUCUCUGCGUAUGUGUUAAGGAAUAGUAGUUAAAAAAACUAUCAAGAAUCUAAAGAAACUCAUGCUAUAAACCAGUUACUUUAUGUGUGGCAUUCGUGCAUGUUCACAUUGAAUGUGAUUUAGAGGCAGACUUUUGCUUGUCUCUUGUUAACGCAUGCUUGAUUCCUGAAAAACAGUUAAUGUGAUUAUUUGGUAGCUGCUGAAAGUGGUGGAAAUACGGUGACUAACAACUUUUUCUGAAGAGUGAAUACAUCUGUAAUCUGUAAAUCAUUGUAACACCUUUAAUGGCUGUAUGUCUAAGAAAUAUGGGUCUUUCCAGAUUUUCCCUACUAAAGUUUUCAUGUUUUGCAUCGUUUUAAAAUAAUUUUUUACAUUGUCAUUGAGAGUUGAAAUGUUUGCAUGACUUCCCCACUGAGUGAAGCUUGUUUCAGUGUGUAUACCAGGUGAUAAUUAUGCCCAAUUAUCACAAAGUCUCCACUUUCAUAAUGUUUGGAGUAAUAAUACUCCUAGUAUAAUUUUCCAUUUGCAAACUCUCUUAUAUGCUAUCCUAUUUUAUUGCCAAUAAUCUAGUGAUGUAUAUAAUACAAACACAGGCUCUUUGAAGAUGAAGAAUGUGAAAGACUGAAGCUUGGGGAAUCCAAACUUCCAUAGCUAACAAAGAAUGGAGUCAGACUUUGAUCUUGGAUAUUCUAAUUCCCUAAGUUUAUUCCCUCUCUUAUGCCUGAGAUGACAUCGUAGUACAAUUUCAUUCAUAAUGUACACUGUGUUUUAAUAACCCUGAAACCCUUUGUCUUGAUGUUUCUGAUAUUACAUAAAUUUAUCUUGAGCACAAAUUGUAAAAAUAAAACGCUAUAGAGAAUAUUUCCUUUCA